CCUCGUGUUCUGUCAGAUGAUGCGAACGAUAAUGAUAGGAGCAACCUACUCACCAACCCAAUACACUGCCCAUGUUCAAGACAGGUUUAGACCCCGACAACUGACAUCAGGGGUUUGCUGAUUCUGAUUGUGAGAAAAACUAUUACAUGUGUAACAAGAUACAACACUCGACAGUACUUUCAAGAUGGCUAUGGUGGACGCUGAACAAUGCCAUCAGCACAAACGUGUGCCUUCAAAAAGCAUUUGCACUCGACAACUAUGAAACUACUCGCUGUGCAGCUGAUUCACCGCCCGUCUCUCCGACUUCCCUCCACGACCACCCACGUCGCCACAACUUGCAUAUGCCGAGCGCAACGACAAGAUCCUGGAUCCCUCCAGCAUCAUCCUUCGUACUUGUCCAGGCAAGUUCAACAACAACGCCGAAAGUGGAAUGCACGCAAACCCAGGUCAGGCGACCAAGAAGUCACGAGAGGACAAGAUUCGGCUUACGCAGUAUAAGUGUAGGUAUGGUACUCACAGGGUGCUCGAUCAACUGGUAGAUAGGCCGUCGCUGGAGUUGUGUGGUUGGCUUGAUCAGCAUCGCUCAGUUAAGGAUCGCAAGGAGCGUUUUCAGCUGUUCCAGGUGAUGGGACGUGGUGCUAGCGAGGAAACUAGAGAAAUGUGCUGUAAAAGUGAAGUGACAGAAGGUGUGCC